AUGCAGCCCCCUCGCCUCCUCCUCCUCUUCCUUCUUCUCGUCCUCCCUGGGAUGUGGGCAGAUCCAGAGGGCUCUUAUAAACUCCACAUUUUCGAAACCACCAUCUUUCACAACACCACCCUUGUGGAUGUUUCACUCUGGGCCACCCUGGAGGACAUCAUCUUUGCUACCAUGCAGAAAUACACAGGGAACAUCUUAUACCUCUACCCAUGGGUCUACCAGGCCCUGCCUGCAGCAGAGUGGGAGAACCUGCAAAACCUGUUCAGGAUCUAUGUGCACAACUUCAUCCUGUUCCUGACCGAUGAUGCCAGGCUGUACCAGACACCUUACCCCUUUGUGAUCCAGUGCGCAACCGGCUGCGACUUAUAUCCCAAUGGCUCCUAUACCAAAUUCUAUCAUCUCGCCUACAACGCCCGUGACUUCUUCAGCUUCAACGUGGACAACAUCCGGUGGGAGAGACAACAGGACAGUGAACUGGCAGUGCGAACUGAGAAGCAGUUCAACACCUUCACCGGCCUCUCUGCAAACCUGCAGCACCUUCUUAAUAUCACCUGUGUUGACCACAUGAAGAAAUUCAUCAAGUACGGAAAGGCAGCUCUGGAGAGACAAGAGCCACCCAUGGCCACAGUCUUCGCCCGCGCGCCCAGCCCAGACCAGCUCCUGCUGGUUUGUCGUGUCACCGGCUUCUACCCGCGGCCCAUCAGUGUGGCCUGGCUGCGGGAUGGCCAGGAGGUACCACCAGGUCCGGCUCUUAACACCAGCACCAUCCUGCCCAACGCCGACCUCACCUACCAGCUCCGCAGCAUCCUGGCCGUGGCCCCCCAUGACGGGCACAGCUACGCCUGCCGCGUGCGCCACCGCAGCCUGGGUACUCGCAGCCUCCUCAUCCCAUGGGGCAGCUCCAAGGUAGCUCUCAGUUUUGGCAUCAUCAUUGUGGUGCUGCUCACCGUGGCUGCAGUCCUUACUGGGGCCAUCUGGUACUAUAGGCGCAGGUGAGGUCUCCUUGCCCAGAGGCACCAGCCCCAUCACCUCCAGGCCACG